UAUGAUGCAUAUGGAAUUCAACAGGCGCUACUGGUAGUUUCUGAAUGGGAGCUAGCUGAAGCUAGAAAAAAAGAUGCAUUAGAACGUGCAAGAGUGCGUGGAGAGCAACUACCUCAUGAGUUGAUUGCUGAAGAAAGGGGUUUGCAUGCAAGUGUGGAAGCUGACGUGAAGACGCUUUUACAUGGAAAAAACUAUGAUGAACUACAAGCACUGCAAUUCCAGAUUGAAUCACAAAUGAGAUCAGGGACUGCUAAGGUUGUCGAGUAUUGGGAAGCCAUUCUUAAACGUCUUCAUAUAUACAAAGCAAAGGCUUGUCUGAAGGAAAUCCAUGCCAAAACGCUGCGGAAGCAUUUGGAGUUCUUACAGAAGCCGUCGGAUGAGGGCAAAGAUACAGAGAUGGAACAGAAUUCCAGACUUGACGAGCUGGAUUCUUAUCAGGAAGCAACGGGUACUGAAGUUCUUUCUCCAGAACCCAUAUUGGAUGAAGAGUCCCAGGAGGAGGAAGCGGCGGCAGGAUCUUACUCACCGCAACUGUUACACAGUGAAGAAGAUGAAGAUGCAGUUGACCCUGAAGAGGACAGGGUUAUGCUGGAGAGGAAACGUAUGGCUGUAUUGGAAGAACGCCGAGUUCAAGAACUGGCAUCAAGGCCAACUCCUGAAUAUAACUUUGAGAAGACGGCUAUGAAAGCCAUGGGGACCAUGGAGGAAGGUGAUGCCGUAUUUGGCUCAACUGAUGAAGUUAACCUUGAUUCCCAGGUGUACUGGUGGCAUGAUAAAUAUCGACCAAGAAAGCCCAAAUAUUUCAAUCGUGUUCACACUGGUUAUGAGUGGAACAAAUACAAUCAAACUCAUUACGAUCAUGACAAUCCACCCCCCAAGAUCGUGCAGGGAUACAAAUUCAAUAUCUUUUACCCAGAUCUUGUUGAUAAAUCCAAAGCUCCUAAUUACACGAUAGAGAAAGAUGGAGAUAGUGCUGAGACUUGCAUUAUAAGGUUUCAUGCAGGGCCCCCUUACGAAGACAUGGCAUUUCGAAUUGUCAACAAAGAAUGGGAGUACUCGCACAAGAAGGGCUUCAAGAGUACGUUUGAACGUGGGAUCUUGCAUCUGUAUUUCAACUUCAAACGUUAUCGAUACCGUCGUUGAUACUAUUUUGGCACGGAAGCCUGGAUAUCGCUAAUUUAUAAUUGUCAUGAGCUUAUUUUAUUGAAGAAUUUACAUGUAUAACUGGAAAUAGAUUUAUGUUGUGCAGAAUAAUUGGGUUGUUACCGGAUACAGACGUGUACAGUAUAGCUUUUUCAGUAAUUUAGUGGGUGAUAUGAACUAUGAAGAAAAACCUCUCGUAUAAAUGGUGGCCAAAAACUACUACCAUUUAUUAACCAUA